ACAAGACACCUGACCCCAAACUAGCCAAAGGGGUAUUCCAUACCACAUCACGUCAUACCCAGUAUAUAAACUGGGGAGAAUCACCCGGAAGGCCCAGAUCGCUGCUUGGGGCUGAUGUCAUACUUUACUACUAGAGGAACCGUGCAGCAAUAAACCUACCCUGUGCCAGCCCCUUCCUCUGGCAAGUACAAUUUAAAAUUCCAGAGAACCUCCUUUCUCUCUUGCUGUCUGCUCUGAACUGAACAUAAGCCCUUCAGAACUGCAGGUUUUCAGGAGGGUGGCCAAAAAUGAGUGAUCUCACAGAAGAAAACUACAAGAAAAGCAAUUCUGCCCAGGAAACAUCUGCAGAAGGAAAUGUCUCUCCUGAGAAGGAUGCUUCAGUAACACAAAAACAACUGCAACUUGACAAACAAUUAAAAUCCUUAGCCUUUCAAAAUCCAGGACCUCAGGUAGCUGACUUCAAUCCUGAAAUUAGAGAGCAGAAAAAGAAAGCGUGCAUGUCACAGAUGAAACAAGAUUUUUUUAAGAAGAAGAAACCUGCAAAGAAGUAUGACAGACAUGGCAGGCUGCUUUGUAAUAACGUCGAUUUGUGUGAUUGCCUGGAAGAGACCUGCAUGGGUUGCUUCUAUCCUUGCCCCAAAUGCAAUUCAAAAAAAUGUGGAGCAGAAUGUCGCUGCAAUAGAAAAUGGUAUUAUGAGAAAACUGAAACUGAAGAUGGGAAGGUGAUCAGUGUAUUUCCAUUUCUUGACUCUGUUUGA